GUCGGGCCUCAGGGUGUGAGAAGGAGGGUUAAAAAAAAAAAAAAAAAAGGAUGCCUUGGCUGCGAGUGAGGUUGAGUGUGGUGGCCGAGUUCCGCCUUUUUUUCGCUCGAAACUUGUCGGUUAUCUCCCUGGGGUGGCGUGACGAAUAUGACACUGAGCCCUGGUCUUUGUUGAACAAGCAAGCAGGUAAGCAGCAGCAGCAGAUGGGAUCAGUUGCAAUUCUGCGUGAAAAGCGGCGGCGGCGAAGAACCAACAAACGACUAGUCGAGUUGGUAAGACGGCAAGAGUUAACACCAAGUCAAGUGGAAGAUGGAAGAAGUGGUGGGUGGACCGGAAGUUGGUUUCCCUUUGAGUCGCGUCUGAUGGUAGGGAGACUGGGGGAGAAAGAGAGACUGAGUUGUAGAGUUGGGUUUGGGUUGGCGAGAAACCAGCCGGCCGAGACUGAACGGAAGCGACGGCCUGGAAUUGAUGGACGGACUUGUUCAGAUUGGGUCCCCGGUCUCCGGAUAGGGUGGGAAGGGGGAAAGGGAAAAAAGUGGAAGGGGAAUGUGGGAAGGAGGUUGAGCAAAAGAAGGCGAGCUAACGUCGUCGUCGGUUCAAGUGUAGAUAGAGUACCUCAAUGACUACCUUUGGUGAGAUAAAAGGGUAAGGUAAGGUAAGGUACCAGGCAGGGCAGAGAUGGCAAGAGCAAGAGGGAGAGGAGAGAGGUGAGCAAUCGAAAGGGAAGGAAGCUGGGCUAAUGAGAAAAAAUGGGCUAGCAAGUAAUAGCACUUGUGUGUGUGUGUGUGUGUGUG